GCGCCAGCCGCACGUCCGCGCCACUCCCGCGCCCUGCGCCGCAGCCGCCGCACCGCGCCGCCCGCUCAGCCCGCGCCGGCACAACAAACUUCAGCUCCGUGCCCUUGUUAUACUAUGUGCUUCUAAUUGUUCACCACUACGAGGACGCACGCACGGAUCGCACUCACAACAAAUAGAGGGAGGACUUUACUCAUCAUUAAAAUUAGUGCCAUCCUGAGACCUCUGAACUGAAGCGGAAAAGGAAAAGGUCCGUUUAUAAGCGGUGAAGAUCGAAUAAUGUGGUCGGGCAUGCGCCCAGCGGGUGGUCUCAUCGUGUUGUGUACUUAGUAGCAGGCGAUGCCCGUGUGGUGGGGGGCGCGGGCGGUCAGCAUGCGCGUGUGCUGCGUGACGACGGUACUCGCGGCGCUGGCGCUGCGCUCGGCGGCCGAGCCCGCACCGCGCCGCUACCCCGCCGAGUGGCGCAGCGGCCGCGAGCUGGCGCGCUCCCGCCCGCUCCACGAGCUGUUCGAGGAGCCGGCGCCGGGCGACGCGUACGCGCACCACUCGCCGCCGCCGCUGCCGCCCGGCGCGCUGCACAACGAGCGCCGCCGCGCGCGCACCAACAAGCGAACCCCGCACCAGCUUCCCUCGGAGAUAGCAAGCCAAAUGAUGUUGCGAGCCUCGCGCUCCAGCCGACCGUAUGACGUGCCCCAAAUUGAAUGUCCACCGGCCGCGGACGGCAUGGAGCGGUUCGCGUGCCCCACGCCCGACCGGCAAGGGCGCUACCGCUGCAUUGACGAUCAUGUGCUGUGUGACGGCUUCAUCGACUGCCCCAGCGGCGAGGAUGAAGACCGACAGGCCUGCAUGUUCUAUAAAACGACAAAGGCCCACCUGGAUGUCCUGGCCGACGCGCUGCUGCGGUGGGCGCGCGGCCGCUAAGGACGGCACCCCUCCCGGACCCUGACCCCCUAGUGCUCUAAUACUCCGCCAGUGCUACACGGACCUCAUGUAAAAUAUACGAUCGAUUGGCCCCCGUGCUUAUAUGCGAUCAGUGAAAGCUGCGAACUCCCAGGAAUAGUAUUCGGGCGCAACCAGUCAUAACUCGUACAUGCGUUGGACGUAAUGAAACAUAUCAAGUAGUGGUGCAGCCUAUGCCAAAACAUGACCACUUAAAGUGUAGUGUAAGGUUUCCGACUGCGACAAUCGAGACAGCCGAACGCGAUGCGUGCUGGUGCGCGCUACCCACUGGAGGAAGGAAAGCAGUGAUACGAUCUGGUUUCGUCCCAAUUUAACUUCUCCGCAGCUGAUUUAUUUUCCAAGUAUUUCAUACCUUCUAGCACUUAUUGAACUAAAAUGUGAGACUGGUAGUCAACAUUGUUAGACAGUAGAACAUAUACAUAAAUAUUUUAGAAUAGUUCUUCAUUUGGCAAGACGUAAAUGUUUGUCGAUUUGUUAAAAUAUUUAUUCACUUUAUGUAUUUACUCUACAUUAAGUUAUGACAUUCCUUAUUAUAAUGAGGGUUGUAAAGUAUAUAAGAGAAAAUUUAAAAUAUGUUGUAUAUAGAUAGAUACCUAAUGAAUUAUUUGAUAUUUAUUUAAUUAGUCGGCCUAUAUGCAAUCGACGACUGCUCCGACGAGCUCGCCUCGUACCACGCGGUGCUCAGCCGUCGGCGGCACUAUUGUCUAUUACUUUCCCUGAUUUGUCGAUAACUAUUUACUUAAGUACAUUAUUUUCAAAAGAUAAUUAUUAAGAUAAAUGUGAGAGCAUUAUGUAUUUUAACAUAAAUUAAUCUCGACUAGAGGCAGCUAUAUUGUGUACUGUUAUAAAAUAAUCCAUUAUGAUAAAUACUAUUUGUUCCUUAAUUUGAGUAAUCGUAUGUUUAGUAGUCAAUUUAUGUAUGAGUUACUGAUAUGUUCAAUAUGGCUAGAACAAAGUUAGUAUUUCGACUGAAAAAUAUAAUUGUUACUGCCCUAUGCCGAUCAAGUCUGGGAUUACACUUGAUGAAAAUAUAAUUGUUACUGCCCUAUGCCGAUCAAGUCUGGGAUUACACUUGAUGAAAAUAUUCUAGUCACUGAUCAGUUCCUAUUAUUUACUAUGUUGUGUUGUUAAUUUUAUGUAAUACCUAGAUAUAACUUGUUACAUUUAUUCCAAUAAAUUAUUAGUUCUGUUAAACAAGCGUUGUUCUGCAACGACAAACGAAAUGAGGCCAAAUGCCUGUAACAAAUGGCACGAAUUCAUUGACAUAAAUUAUUAUCUCAAGAAAAUACUCAAUUAAUAUAAUAAAUUCAAUCGAACAUUAUGACGACGCAUUGAUAGGAAAACUUGUGUAGCAUAAAUAUGAAUAAAAAUAUACUUGGUACUCACAGUAUUUUACCUAAUAAGCAGUUUCAAUGAAGUUGAUUUUAUGGAACGAGCAAUUAUGUUUAUUACUUAUCUAUGUCAAACGAAAAAGAUCGCUCAAUGUUCACAUCCACUACAUUUAGCUAGCUAUUAAGGAAAUAUAAUUCAAUAAUGAAGGUGACGCUACAUUGCGUACGUGACCCAUUAUUGAAUUAUUUUUAGAUUUUAAAAUUAUAAACAGAUAAAGUAGAGAUAAUUUAAAAUGUCAACAUUAUAUACUCUUUAGGAAUAUUUAUUAUGUGUAUAAGGUAGCACAUAGAGAUUCCGUCUACGUCGUUUGGUAGUAAGUAGUCAAUAUUGCACCAAUUAACAUUUGAUAAAAUUAUGUCUAGCACCCCAUAUUCUGUGUGUAGCUAGUGAAUAGAAUAAUCAGUUUUGUCGCAAGUAUUAAAUUAAGAUUAAUUAAUCAUUAUUGCAUUCUAUUCAUAAGCAAAAUGUAGAUUAGACAAAUUAUAAAAUGUAUAUGAUAUUAAAUUACUUAUAUUAAAGUGGAUGUGAACAAACAGAAGAUAAGUCAUAUUUGAGACUUAGGAGGCACAUCGAAGCAGGAUAUACUUAUUUACGUAGAAGUUUCCUUUUAACUAAUAGUACGUAAUAAACAAAAACUUGAGUAAACACCGCUAUAGUCUGUUAGAACGUGAGUUCUUGAGCCAACAGACUCAGCGGUAUUUACAUUUAACACGACAUUUACACAAAUUCUGUUGGAGUAUUAAAAUUGAUCAACAAAUAUAUAGAUGCCUGGCUACCUGCUUUGAUGUUAAUCUCAUAUAAGACUUAUCGAAAAUUCAGUAUUAACCAGUCAAUUAAUGAUAAAAUAUUAUCCAGUAAAAUUUUAUUCAAAAUUCAAUUACCGUAAUACAGAAUGGCUUCAUAUUUUAAAUUCGAUCCAUUUUAAUCCAUCUGGAAAAAUGCAUAACCAAUUAUUAUGAUCGAUGGGACAGUUACAGCGAUACAGUGAGGUCAAAUGGUUAUGUCAAUGAAUUCGGAGCGACAAUUACAGUUCUAUUGAAGUAGCAUAUCAUAAGUUAUCCGCCAAAUGUUAUGAUUUAUUUAUUAUUGCUAUCGAGUUAGAGUUAAACAUGAAAUAGUUUUACUAUACCCCAAGACUACUCGGCAUUUAUAGAUAUUAUGAUUGUAUUUACUUUUUGUGAAUUCAUAUUUUUUAUUUCACUUCAACAUGUCUAAUUAGAACGGAAAAUAAUUAUCUUUAAAAUUAAUCUAAAUGCACUAAAAUUUGCCUGUUUCGUAUGUGCACAGCAAUUUAUUGUGAUAUUUUAAAUACUUAUAGGUUAAGAUGCAAAUCAAGAUCUCGGGAAUAGACUAUGUACCUAUCAAUGUGAUUAACAUUAAUUUAAUAUAUGUAUUAGUUAUUAUGUACGUAUGAUACCUGCGUCACAGUUACGUUAGUCUGUAUUAAAUACAGGCGCAUCAUGAUUAGAUACUGUUUAGGCUUUGCACAUCUAUGGAUACCUUAUUUAUUGUAUGUCUAUUAGAAAAAGUUACCUUGCAAGUAUUCAACCUCGUAUUGUUUCAAAAUGGCUCUUAUUUUUGUUCCUGUGUCCUUAUUACUUUAGAAACAUUUUGCAAUUUUGGUCAAUUUUAUGGAUAUAUACCUGUAUGUGUAUGUAGAAUAAUGAGGAUGCUAAUCGUGUUGUUCAGUCCAGUCUCAGUAUGGUGACUCGUACCGAGACGCAGGACUACGCGGCUACGCGGCUACGGGGCUACGCGGCUACGCGGCCACGGCGCACUGCCGCGGGUCGCGAGUCGGACGCUUCUCGUCGUCACUGAGACCGCUCAUAUGUGUCUUCGCCAUUACUUCGACGCACCCCUCACUAUACCUAUUUAUUGUAUUUAUAUCUAAUGAUUGUUCCAAUAUAUGUAAGCACGAUCUAUGAGCACAACUUGUCAAAUAAAUAUAAUAAAUGCCUACUUAUAUCUAACAUUUACACAUCGUUUCUAGACACUUUUAUACGAUUCGCAGUUUGUUGCGACUGAAAACCGUACUUCUACGCCUCUUUUGGAAAGGAAAAAAUGAUGCUCAUUAAAUCUUCCGAACUCAGUUCAAAUUAGAUAUUAUUGAAAUAUCUAUUUCUCAUAACGUACCUAAGGUAUACCUUACCUAAAAUAUCUUUACAAGUCAAAUGGGAAAAGUACUUCGACGAUAUUUACUGUUGGAAAACCAUAUUUUUAGAUGUCACACUUGUAGUGGGUAAAUAUUACACUAAAACUCUUUAUUUGGUCAAUUAAAAAAUACACAUAAAACAUUUUCAUAGAAAUUUUGCUGCGUUACCUAAUCUUCGUCAUUUCACAGGACGAAUCUAAUCAUUAUUUCAUUAGCCGUUCUUCUUGAGGGAAUUAUAAUUUAAAAAUGCAACUAUUUUUGUAGAUACAUAUUUGAUUGAUUACCACUAGAUAGAGAUUAACAUAUGUAUAUUUUCUCAUAGCGUUGUGUUUGCCAAAAGACAAACAAUUUACUAUCUCUGAUACCGCACAAACUGUACCGUUGAAACUUUGUUGACUCACAAUAUACCGUGGACAGUGACGUACUGUCGGACUCUGUCAUGUUAACUGACUCCGAGAGGCAGAAUCGCUCGUGCUCACUCAGGUAGGCCACACAGGUCGUUGUCAUCGCAUAGCUUGUAUGAAAAAUGGAAUAGCCUCUGAGAGAAUAUUCGCCACGCUUAUACAUGAGCGCGUUACGAACAACAACUCGUUAAUCGACUUCCACAUUCCAGAGAGGUUAUGCUUAAUAAUCUUGAUGAUCCUUCCACUGUCAUUCUCUCUGAGAAUAUUCUCACUUUUCAACCGUGUCAUGGAGUUGCCUAGACAUUUCGCAGAACAUGCCAUUGUCAGCAACUCAUAUGGCGAUUAUCUUAUAACGACUACGCUAUUUUGUAGGCGUAAUAUACUUUUGGACUAUUUAUUAUGUAUUGUUAAUUACUAUGUAUGUUGUAUUAAGAAAAAAAUUGAAAAACAAAAAUAAAUGUUAAUAAAUGCCUCAGCCAGAUAAUAUAAUAA